UAUCCACAAAAUUAAACAAAUAAUAUUAAUAUAAACAAAAAACAUACAAUUUUAAAUAAAAGCUUCUUAUCUUCCUGCACUACCUCUCUGUCUCUCUCUCUCUCUCUCUUGCUGCAGCUGCUGUUUGCUGUCUUCUUCUACCUUUUUAAGUUUCUCCCUAACUAGUCUUCAUCAUUAUGGAUUCUGAUGAAGAUUCCUUUGAAAUAGAUAAUGUUGAUUCUGGUAAUGUUUCAUCCGGCGAUGAGGGUGAUGAUGAUUUUCCUAUGGAUGAUAUACCAUCAGUACACGAACGUCAAGCCGAUAAUGAUGAAUACAAUUAUGAAGUUUAUACAACAGAUGAAAUUGUUUUACAUCAACGUGAAAUAAUCGAUGAGGUUAAAAUUGUUUUAAAGCUCGCUCCAACUAUAACACGAAUGCUAUUAAAUCAUUUUAAAUGGGACAAAGAAAGACUUUUAGAAAAAUAUUUCGAUGGCAAUGUAGAGGAUUUAUUUAAACUGGCACACAUUGUAAAUCCUUUCAACAAACCAGCAAAUGCUAAUAAACAAAAGAAUUCAAAAAAUACAGCAGAAGAAUGUGAAAUUUGUUUCUCACAAUUGCCCUCAGAUUCCAUGGCUGGUUUGGAAUGCGGUCAUCGUUUCUGUUUAACCUGCUGGCGUGAAUAUUUAACAACGAAAAUCGUUACCGAAGGUCUAGGUCAAUCGAUAUCGUGUGCAGCUCAUGGCUGUGAUAUUUUAGUCGACGAUGUAACCGUAACAAAACUGGUAACAGACCCCCGGGUACGUGUUAAAUACCAACAACUCAUAACAAACUCUUUUGUCGAGUGCAAUCAAUUGUUACGCUGGUGUCCGUCCGUUGAUUGUACGUACGCAAUCAAAGUGGCCUACUAUGAAUCGCGGCCAGUUCGAUGCAAAUGUAAUCAUGAAUUUUGUUUUGCUUGCGGCGAAAACUGGCACGAUCCGGUCAAGUGUCGUUGGUUAAAGAAGUGGAUUAAGAAGUGUGACGAUGAUUCAGAGACAAGCAAUUGGAUUGCGGCCAACACCAAAGAGUGUCCCAAGUGCAAUGUAACGAUUGAAAAAGAUGGCGGCUGUAAUCAUAUGGUCUGUAAGAAUCAAAAUUGUAAACAUGAUUUCUGUUGGGUUUGUUUGGGUUCAUGGGAGCCGCAUGGUUCGUCAUGGUACAAUUGCAAUCGUUACGAUGAAGAUGAAGCCAAAGCAGCACGUCAUGCUCAAGAGAAAUUUAGAUCAUCAUUAGCAAGAUAUUUACAUUAUUAUAAUCGUUAUAUGAAUCAUAUGCAAUCUUUAAAAUUUGAAAAUAAAUUGUAUGCCUCUGUUAAACAUAAAAUGGAAGAAAUGCAACAACAUAAUAUGUCAUGGAUUGAAGUGCAAUUUUUGAAAAAGGCCGUUGAUAUUUUAUGCCAAUGCCGUCAAACACUCAUGUAUACGUAUGUUUUUGCGUAUUAUUUGAAAAAGAACAAUCAAUCAAUGAUAUUCGAAGAUAAUCAAAAAGAUUUAGAAUCUGCCACUGAAAAAUUAUCAGAAUAUUUGGAACGUGAUAUAACAUCAGAAAAUUUAGCUGAUAUUAAACAAAAAGUUCAAGAUAAAUACAGAUACUGUGAAAAAAGACGUAAAGUACUUUUAGAUCAUGUACAUGAGGGCUAUGAAAAAGAUUGGUGGGAAUAUUUAGAAUGACGAGAUAUUUCAUCAACGGCUCGUAAGCGAUGUAGUGGUAAUAAAUUCAAAAGAAAUUCAUUAUAAUUA